AUGGGUUGCUGCACAAGUCAGCAAGAUCAAGAAGUGAAAAAGACAAAAACACUCAAGCCAAAGCCUCAUUCAAGAAAGAUGAGUAUUAAGCAAGGCAAUUUUGUAAAAUUUUUUGAGUGUAAAGUAACUAAAAAUUAUGAGCUUGGAGAUACUUGAUUAGAAGAUGGGUAUUAUGAAGUCAAAAUAGGCACUGAAAAAAAGACUGGCUUACAACGAGCAAUAAAAUCUAUUUUAGUUGAUGCAAAUGAUCGCUAUAAAAAUGAUAAAGUAUUAGAUGAAGUAGAAGUAUUGAGAAAAUUAGAUCACCCAAAUAUUAUUAAAGUUUAUGAAGUUUACGACGAUAAAAUAUACUUGCACAUAGUCACAGAGCUAUGCUUAAACUUAAUUAAGAUUAAAAAAAGGCUCCGGUAUGACCUUCCAGCCCACAUUCACUUCCAUACGGCUCCACCGCUUGCUUACUAGUCCGAGCACGGCCUUUCACUAUGUUGCUCCUCACGGACGAGGGCUUGUGAAUCAGAACUGCUGGGCACCAUGCCUUACGCCCAUGGGGUUUGGUCUCUGGAAAUUCGAAAAAACGAAUUUUCACCUGUCAGCCAAAAUGAAAAUUCGCAAGGCCUGGUAUCGCGCUAGGAAUCGUUCCCGAUUGAUCAGGAGGAACCUCGCUGAUAUUGCUGUGACAUCCUUUCCAACUCCGAACUCCAUCUUCCUCCGAGGUAAAACCUUGAUCUGGAAUGAACUGCAGCGGGCCUAAUCCGAUGCUGUGCUCCAUCAAAUCAAGAAACCCAGCAGGAUACACAUUCCCGAACGCCAUCUCCCUUCCACAAGAUCCCUGGCCUUCAAUAUUACAAGUGUUAAGAGGUGGGUUGGUUCGCCAUACCAUUUUAAUGUAUAUAUCAUAGAGCUAUGGAGGAGAAUUAUUCGAAAGAAUGGGCCAAAUGGAAAGUUUUUCAGAAAAUCAGGCAGCUAA